AUGUGGGACCUGAUUUCGACCAUGGAAGAAGAGAAGCCGGAUGACAAGGACAGGCCAUUUCCCGUGCUGCGCCACCUCGUUCUCGAGCUCUCGGCCUUCUCCCCUCUCAUCCUUCGCUUCGUCUCCUGCCUCUCUGCCCAGCUUCAUUCUCUCACUCUCGGCGCCGAAGAUCAAUUCGCUGCUCAGGAAGGCGGAGAGGGUGCUGAAAGAGGUGGGAACGCGGAAGGGCGGAGGGGGCAUGAGGGGGACAUGGACGAACGAGCGUCCUUCUCUCUUCACCUCCCACUAGCCACUAAAGUCGAGAUUUACGGGAUCAACUGCUCCAUUUCGCUCUCCGCCCCUCAUCUCUCCCUCCUCAGAAUACUUUGGUGGUCCCGACACUCCCGCCUGCACCUGCUCCCCACCUGCCCCGCGCACCUGACAUCUCUCUUCCUUCACACCGACGGAACCUGCCCCUGGGUGUUGCACGCGCCUCACCUCACCUCGCUUCACUCCCUCUGCACCAACAUGCUGCCCGAGCAGGCUGCAUGCCUCCCGCCGGAGGGAGGAACGGGGAAAGAAGCCUGGAAAGGAGGAGGUGUGGAGGAGAGGGCACAUCGAGAAGCCGAGGAGGAAGAAGUAGUAGAAGGGGUGACGGUGGAGGCUGAGCAAGGGGAUGAGGAGGAACGAGUAGAGGAAGAGUCGUCUUCCAUCACCCCUCCGCCCGUGGCGGAGGUUCCUUCCGCGGACUCGAGCGCCUUACCCGCCGACGUGUGGAUGCGCAUCGCAAAUGCAGCGGCGGAGAGAGAAGAGUGCUACUGCUCCUGGUCGCUCGUGCCGUGCACCGAAGCCUUGCCGUGCGUUCGACGCGCACUAUCAGCAAGCAACGAGCCUCUUUACUUCGAAGAAGAUUGUCAGUGUCCCCCCUCCGCCGUCUCCCUCGCUCAACGAAUCCGCAGCUUCGCAUGGCUGACCAAGCAGCACCAAAGCCCUUCGCAAUUCAACUUCUCUCUCGUUGAAGCGCCUCCUCGCCUCGUCUCCUCCUUCCCGCGCUCUUGCCUGUUCCCUUCCAUCUCCUCUAUCACCUCUCUCGAUCUCUACUUCCCCCGAAGCCUCCCCUCCCAUCCACGCCUCCUCUUCUCCCUCUCGCAAGCUCCGCGCCUCGAGUCGCUAUUUAUUCAGCAUUGCGAUGUGGCGGACAGCAAGCGCGCGGUUCCAAAUCACCAGUGCAAUGAUCCCGUGAUGGUGGCCGAAAUGUGGGAUAUGGUUUCAAUCAUGGAGGAGAAGAACCCGGAUGACACGGCCAUGCUGUUUCCCGUGUUGCGUCGCCUCGACCUCUCCCUCUCUGCCUGCUCGCCUCUCAUCCUCCGCUUUGUCUCCUGCCUCUCCUCACAGCUUCACUCUCUUGAUCUCGCGGCUGACGAUCAGUUCGCGGCACAGGAGGGCAAAGAGGGCCCUGAAAUCGGCGAGGACCCAUGGGAGAGGGACGUGGACGGACGAACGUCCUUCUCUCUUCACCUCCCGCUGGCCACUGAUGUCAGACUCGGUGGUCUCAACUGCUCUAUCUCGCUCUCCGGCCCUCGCCUCUCCUCCCUCAAGUUUCGAUGGCAGUCCCGCCACUCCCGCCUGCUCCUGCUCCCCACCUGCCCCGUGCACCUGACGUCUCUCUUCCUUACCAUCGACCCGACCUGCCCGUGGGCGUUGCACGCGCCUCACCUCACGUCGCUUCACUCCCUCUGCACUGACAUGGAUCCAGAGCAGGCGGCAUGCCUCCCACCAGGUGUGAUAGAGACCGUCAAGAUCCUCGAGUGGAGGAAUUCGAUGGAUUCCCAGUCACUGGACCUGAGUGCGUGGCACGGCUUGCGUUGCCUUCAUGCUGUUGGUUGGGCCCCUGUGUCCCUGUCGGUGUUUCGCUCGGCUGUGCUCUGGCCGUGUGACUUGGAGGGGAUGUUUUUCUCUAGUAUUGGGAGCGAGGUUGUGGGGUUUCUUGAGAGUGGGUUGGGAGGAGGCGGUGGGGGGGGAAGCUCGGGAACGAGCCAUGGAGGGGAGGGCACAUCGAGAGACCGAGGUGACGGCUGA